AGUAAGUAUAAGGAAGAAAUUAAAUAUUAUUCAAUAUUGAAUAAUAAUAUUUGAGAAGAAGAUUAUAUAUGAAGAAAGGUAAUUUACUUCUUCAGGAGUUAGUUACUAGUAUUCCAAUUAUUUCAAGAGCAUUUGGAAAUCCAUCAAAGAGAUACUUAGCUGAAUCUUGUUCUGGAAAAUAUCAUAACAAGUCUUCAGCAAAAGCAAAGAAAAACAGCAAACUAAAUUCAGUUCUGACCAAGAUGAACAAGUUUGGGAGAAAAGCUGACAAUUUUGCAAAUGGAGUGAGAGAGCAUGUUAUGAGACUUGGUGGAAUGAAGAUAUCUAAUACUAUGAAAGUGAAGAAAAAUUUCAUACAACUUUUUGGUAUGAAAGAAGGGGAGAAGCUUCUGAAAGCAUCACAGUGCUAUCUAUCAACCACUUCUGGUCCUAUUUCUGGCAUUCUCUUCGUUUCAACUCAUAAAGUUGCUUUUUGUAGUGAUAGAUCCAUCAACAUUAUCUCUUCUUCUCAACAAGAUUUCAACACUAGAAUCCAUUAUAAGGUUGCGAUUCCAGUUGAGAAGAUAAACUGUGUCAACCAAAGUCAAAAUGUGGAGAAGCCUUCAGAAAAGUACAUAGAAAUAGUUACCGAAGAUAAUUUUGACUUUUGGUUUAUGGGAUUCUUAAAUUACCAGAAAACUUUCAAGUAUUUACAGCAGGCAAUGUUCUCUCAUGCUUAAUUAGAGGAGAAAAAUUACUUAACAUUAAAACUAUGACAAUAUUUACAAGCUAGUAUGUAUAAAAUCAUAAUGUAUAUGUACAGAACUAUAGAAAUUGUCAAUGAUCUGUUGUAUAGUUAAUGGAGAAAUUGA